GAUUCUCGUUGAGCACACAUGGAACACCAUGGACCGCCGACCAAUGGAAGUAGCAACGGCAACGGUAACAGCAGCAGAGCAGGAAUGUCACGCAACACCUACAGCAACGAAGCAAACUUCGAUACCAACAUGGUUAUCAUCCUUGCAGCUUUGCUAUGUGCGUUGAUCUGCGCCCUUGGAUUGAACUCAAUCGUACGGUGUGCUCUACGUUGUGGCCGUCGAUUUGCUUUCGAAUCUCCGGGUGAAACUGCGGCAAGACUUGCUGCCAGGGGCCUUAAGAAGAGCAUGCUGCGUCGGAUUCCAGUUACGGAAUAUGGGUCGGGUAUGGGUAUUCAGGCGACAGAAUGCCCGAUUUGCUUGGGAGAGUUUGUGGAGGGAGAGAAGUUGCGUGUCUUACCUAAAUGCAAUCAUGGGUUCCAUGUGAAGUGUAUUGACACGUGGCUUGUAUCACAUUCGUCUUGCCCGACGUGCCGGCACUCGUUGUUGGAUCGGCCUACAGUAUCGGGUUCGGAUGUGGAUAGUGGGACUGGCCCAACCACCGGAGAUGGUUCUGUGGUUGUAGAUCUCGACGAUAUUAGUUGA